AUGCUGUUCAACCACACUAUCAAGGCGCUUCUUCUCCCACGCUCUGAAGAAGCUGCCGAACCUAUAAUACUAAAUGUUAUUUAUCAACCAAUGAGACUUAUUCCCCGUGCCGACAUACAAAUGCUCAAGGUGCCGAAGCAACCAACAUGUCGAUACGAUGGGCCGAGCUGGGUCCCGAAUCUGAGAUCCAUAGACCGCAGAUGGAGUUUGGCAAUGCCCCUCUGCGGCCGAAUUCUCAGUCAGCAAAUGAGGGGUAUAAGCUACAGGCGUACAGAGAACCAAGCAGCCCUAUCAACGGCGGACGACUGGGGAGAGGAGACACAGACUGAAACUCCUGAUCAUGAGGAUGAGGGGAAGGAAGGGUAUCAAACUUCUACUCCAACAAUGAUGAUCGAACCUUGGGAGGAAAAGGCCCAGACCGUUCGCGAUUACCGCGAUGCGACUCUCGCCAAAGUCGACCCUCCGCUCACCCCGUUGCCUGAUCCGCUGCCGCUGAACUCAAUAGAUCUGCCCAAGCAGCUCCUCACUGCUCGUGAAUAUGAACUUACUCAGAAUUACGAUACCAUUGCUCUUCUCCGCAUGCUGCGCGCCAAGGAGGUUACCUCUGAAGAGUUAAUCAGAGCAUUCCUCCGUAGAGCUGCGAUUGCUCAACAUGCAGUAAACUGUGUUACGGAACUUAUGUGGGACGAGGCCGUUGAACGAGCAAAAUAUCUCGAUUCGCUCCCGAACCCCAUAGGACCUCUACAUGGACUACCUAUCUCCAUCAAAGAGCAUCAUGGCAUGAAAGGUAAGAAAUGCAACGCGUCCAGCGUCGGUUGGAUCGAUCAUCCCUCAGAAGAAGGGUUUCUGAAUGAUACGCUAUAUCAUGCCGGUUGUGUCUUCUAUGUUCGCACCACUGGCCCCCAGCUUCUCAUGCAUCUGGAAUGCACAAGCAAUAUAUACGGCAGGACUGUCAAUCCCCACAACCGUAACCUCACCUCAGGAGGUAGCAGCGGUGGUGAAGGAGCUUUGGUUGCAAUGCGGGGUAGUGUUUUGGGUGUGGGUGGAGAUAUUGGAGGCAGCAUCCGCUGUCCCGCGAGCAACAACGGCGUAUACGGAUUUAAACCGACCUGCACACGCAUCUCUGCAAAGGGAAAGAAGACUGGAAUGGUUGGCUCUGACGCUAUCCUUGCCACUUAUGGCCCGCUCUGUAGCAGUCGGGAAGCGAUCAAUCUGUUCAUGAAGGUCGCAUUGGAUGGCCAACCCUGGCGUAUGGACCCGUCAUUGACACCGAUUCCAUGGACCCCAGUCACCUUAGCGAAGCCGCUGAAAAUCGCCAUCGAAUGGGACGAUGGUGUUGUUAAACCGCAUCCUCCUAUUCUCCGUGCGCUCAGAGAAGUUGCCAAUGCAUGCCGGAAUGCUGGCAUGGAAGUUGUCGACUGGGUGCCGCUGAACCACUCCAAAGCAUGGGAUAUCAUUUCCGCUCUGUACUUUACGGACGGAGGUGAAGAUGUCCUUAGUUCCAUAAAUGCAUCCGGUGAACCAAUCCUACCAUUAACCAAAUUCAUUAUUCACGAGCAGCCAACCGUGAAGCUACAUACCAUUGCAGAAUUUUGGAAGCUGUGCCUUGAGCGCAACAAUUACCGCGAAGCAUACGCCAAACACUGGUCAGCAACAGCAACCAUGCCUACCGGUGAAGUUGACCUGAUUCUAAGCCCUGUCGGCCCUGGAUGCGCUCCGCCUCACGAAACCGCCCGAUAUUGGGGCUACACGGCACAGUGGAAUUUGCUCGAUUACCCCGGUGCUGUUUUCCCUGUUACCACAGUAGAUCCGGCGGUAGACACGCGCGACGAGACUUAUCAGCCCCGCAACGACAAGGAUCGAUAUAAUUAUGAUCUUUAUACGGGGCCAGAGAGAUAUGAGGGAGCUCCGGUGAGCUUGCAGCUUGUGGGUAGAAAAUUCUGUGAUGAGAAGGUUAUCGCUGGGCUUGAGGCGAUUGAGAAGGCGAUGGGGAGAGAGUGA